CUUAAGUAGCUGCGGGACAGUGCGAGGAAGGCAGGAGGUUGCAAGCCCGGCUGCGCUGACCCUUUGUGACCUGCACCCAGACCCACCGAUCCCCCAGACCGAGACUGCGCCAUGCGGGGCCGGAGCGUGGCUCUGUGGUUCUUCCUGUCCCUGCGCACCGUGCUCAGCGGGACGGAGGUGCGGUGGUGUACCAUCUCAGACCCCGAGCAGCAGAAGUGUAGUGACAUGAGCAAAGCUCUCCAGGAAGCGGGUGUCCAGCCCCUCCUCCUCUGCAUCCAGGGCACCUCUGCUGACCACUGCGUCCAGCUCAUCACGGCCCGGGAGGCUGACGCCAUCACACUGGAUGGAGGAGCCAUUUAUGAGGCGGGGAAGGAGCAGGGUCUGAAACCGGUGGUAGGCGAGGUGUAUGAUCAAGAGGUGGGGACUUCCUAUUAUGCUGUGGCUGUGGUGAGAAGGAACUCCAGUGUGACCAUCAACACCCUGAAAGGUGUGAAGUCUUGCCACACAGGCGUCAACCGGACAGUGGGCUGGAAUGUUCCUGUGGGCUACCUGGUGGAGAGUGGUCGUCUCUCGGUGAUGGGCUGUGACGUGCUCAAAGCUGUCAGUGACUACUUUGGGGGCAGCUGUGUGCCGGGGGCAGGAGAGACAAGUUACUCAGAGUCCCUGUGUCGCCUGUGCCGGGGUGACACCUCUGGGCAGGGGGUGUGUGACAAGAGCCCCUUGGAGCGGUACUAUGACUACAGCGGGGCCUUCCGGUGUCUGGCAGAAGAAGCAGGUGAUGUGGCCUUUGUGAAACACAGCACAGUGCUGGAGAACACAGAUGGGAAAACCCUGCCCUCCUGGGGCAAGGCACUGUUGUCACAGGACUUCCAGCUGCUAUGCAGGGAUGGCAGCCGAGCUGAUGUCACUGAGUGGAGGCAAUGUCACUUGGCCCGCGUGCCCGCCCAUGCUGUGAUGGUCCGGGCUGACAUGGACGGGAGCCUUAUGUUCAGGCUGCUCAAUGAAGGCCAGCGUCUGUUCAACCAUGAGGGCAGCAGUUUCCAGAUGUUCAGCUCUGAGGCCUAUGGCCAGAAGAACCUGCUGUUCAAGGACUCCACGUCAGAGCUCGUGCCCAUCGCCACGCAGACCUAUGAGGCCUGGCUGGGCCACGAGUACCUGCACGCCAUGAAGGGUCUGCUCUGUGACCCCAACCGUCUUCCCCACUACCUGCACUGGUGCGUGCUGUCCACACCAGAGAUCCAGAAGUGUGGAGACAUGGCUGUGGCCUUCAGUCGUCAGAGGCUCAAGCCAGAAAUCCAGUGUGUGUCAGCCGAGUCCCCCCAGCACUGCAUGGAGCAGAUCCAGGCUGGGCACAUCGACGCAGUGACCCUGAGGGGUGAGGACAUUUACACAGCAGGGAAGAUGUAUGGCCUGGUCCCAGCAGCUGGGGAGCUCUAUGCAGAGGAGGACAAGAGCAAUUCGUACUUUGUGGUGGCUGUGGUGAGGCGGGAUAGCUCCCAUGCUUUCACCUUGGAUGAGCUGCGUGGGAAGCGCUCCUGCCACCCGGGCUUUGGCAACCCCACAGGCUGGGACGUGCCCGUGGGCGCCCUCAUCCGGAGGGGCUUCAUCCGGCCCCAACACUGCGACGUCCUCACAGCUGUGAGCGAGUUCUUCAAUGCCAGCUGUGUGCCCGUGAACAACCCCAAGAACUACCCUUCCUCACUGUGUGCGCUCUGCGUGGGGGACGAGCAGGGCCGCAACCGGUGUGUGGGCAACAGCCAGGAGAGGUACUAUGGCUACAGCGGAGCCUUCAGGUGCCUGGUGGAGAAUGCAGGGGACGUUGCCUUUGUCAAGCACACAACUGUCUUUGACAACACAAACGGCCACAACCCUGAGCCCUGGGCUGCAGGCCUCAAGUGGAAGAACUACGAGCUGCUUUGCCCCAAUGGGGCACGGGCUGAGGUGAACCAGUUCAAAGCCUGCAACCUGGCACAGAUACCAUCCCACGCCAUUAUGGUGCGGCCAGACACCAACAUCUAUACUGUGUUUGGACUGUUGGACAAGGCCCAGGACGUGUUUGGAGAUGACCACAAUCAGAACGGGUUCAAAAUGUUCGACUCCUCCAAAUACCACAGCCAAGACCUGCUUUUCAAGGAUGCUACUGUCCGGGUGGUACCUGUCGGGGAGAAAACCACAUACCUCGACUGGCUGGGGCCUGACUAUGUGGCAGCUCUGGAGGGAAUGCUGUCUCAACAGUGCUCGGGAACAGCUCCCCCAGCCCCCCAGGCCACCCUGCUGCCAUUGCUCCUGCUGCCUCUGGCUGCCAGCCUCCUCCUGCAUAGCCUCUGA